CAUGUGUGCACGUCAUGAUGUCCAAUACAUUUUUUGACAGUUCUGUAUUGCAUGGAAAAAUUAAUAAGUUGACAGAUACAAUUUCAAUUGAGGUUGGGAGAUUACGAAUAAGAAAUACAUUCCCUUUUGGCAAAAAAUGGCAUCGCGACUCCUAAGAUUGUCGACUCCUAGCUUUCGAGCACUGUCUCUGCGUUUCAAGAGCGGAACAUCGCAUAGUGGUGAUUAUCAAGCUGCAUUGACCACAAGCGCCCCAACUGAACUUACCUCUACGACUAACAAUAUUCGUGUAGCUUGUCAAACCACUACUAGUGAAACCACUACUGUUGGAAUUUGGCUUGAUGCCGGUGCACGCUAUGAAGAAGCCCAGAACAAUGGUGCCGCAAAUUUUAUCCAACGUUUAACAUUCAAAGGUACAGCUAAACGUGCGAAGGCAAAUUUGGAAUCCGAAGCUGCCAGCUUGGGUGCUCGUUUGUAUUCUUUUACUGACCGGGAACAAACCGCAUUCUAUGCCACCUGCUUGAAUAAGGAUGUACCAAAAAUUGUCGAAAUCUUAUCGGAUGCCGUACAAAAUCCAAAAUUGGAUGAAACCGAUAUUGAAAAUGAACGGCAAAAAAUUUUGAGAGAUUCUGAAGAAAUCGAAAGCAAUGUCCAAGACGUUGUCAACGACUAUUUGCACGCAAUAGCUUAUCAAGGAACACCAUUGGGCCAAACCAUUUUGGGUCCAAGAGAAAAUGUUCUCUCAUUAACAUCAAAGGACUUGAAAUACUAUAUCGAUACCCAUUAUAAGGCAUCUCGCACCGUGCUAGCUGCAUCAGGUGGUGUGAAACAAAAUGAACUGCUUCAGUUGGCUGAACUAAAUCUUGGCAAAUUGGACGAUACAUUCGACGGCGAACCACCGGUUUUGUCAAGAUGCCGUUAUACUGGAUCGGAAGUUCGUCUUCGUGAUGACUCACUUCCAUACGCCUAUUUUGCAUUGGCCGUUGAAGGACCAGGAUGGAACAGUCCGGACAGAAUUCCAUUGCUUGUUGCCACCAGCGCAAUUGGUGCGUACGAUCGUUCCCAGGGCAAGCUUGGAGAAAAUUCAACAUACGAAAUUUGCCAUAGUUAUCAAGCCUUUAAUAUUACAUAUAGCGACACCGGACUAUUUGGUGUGUAUUCAGUUUGCGAACCAUUGCAAUGUGAGCACAUCUCAAAGGCUGUUUUGGAAGCAUGGCAUCGAGUCAGCUACAGCAUCACUGAUGCCGAACUUGACCAAGCCAAAAAUCGUUUGAUCACGAAACUAUUGGCUGAACAAAGCACCUCCAAAGGGAAUUGCGAAGACAUUGGCCGAUCAAUUUUGGCUACAGGACGCCGAACACCGUUAAACGAGUUGGUAGCGACCAUUCAAAAUUUGUCCAACCAAACUGUACGCGAUAUUACUGAUAAAUACACAAAUAAUAAAUGUCCAGUGCUCUCUGCCGUUGGUCCAGUUGAAAACCUUACCGAUUACGUUAACAUCCGAACAAGAAUGUACUGGGCUCGCGUUUAAGAUGUAAAUAAAAUAUUUUGAACAUAAAGUCGACCAUUUUGCAUCCAGUCAACGGAAUACAAUCAGUUGAUGGGCGACAUGGAAAAUCUUAUUAACCUAAUUAAAAUAAUAAAUACUAUACUUGCGAUUCCUGUCAACAAUA